UUUCAGGAACCUUCUCUCUACACCAUCAAGGCUGUCUUCAUCCUAGAUAACGAUGGGCGAAGGCUGCUGGCCAAGAUGCGGGAAAUGAAGCGCAGAGAAACGAAACAGGUUGCCCGAGGUCACAGGGUUACUGUCAUAACUGACAGGCAGACUCGGGGGCUUGGAGUUGAGGCUUUCAUGGAACUCUCCUUCUGUUAUCUGGCGUCCAUCCUACAUGGCCUGGCUGGAGCUAGCUCUGUGCAAGGGCUAUGGGCCGUUCUCCUUCUCUUUCUCACAGUAUUAUGACGACACAUUUCCCUCCAUGAAGGAGCAGAUGGUUUUCGAGAAAAACGUCUUCAACAAGACCAGCCGCGCUGAAAGUGAGAUCGCAUUUUUCGGGGGCAUGACCAUCGUCUACAAGAGCAGCAUUGACCUCCUCCUGUAUGUGGUGGGCUCUUCCUCUGAGAACGAGCUGAUGCUCAUGUCUGUUCUGGCCUGCCUGUUUGACUCUCUGAGCCACAUCCUAAGGAAGAACGUGGAGAAACGCUGGCUGCUGGAGAACAUGGAUGGAGCCUUCUUGGUGCUGGAUGAAAUCGUAGAUGGCGGUGUGAUCCUGGAGAGUGACCCCCAGCAAGUGAUCCAGAAAGUGAAUUUUAGGACUGAUGACGCUGGCCUAACAGAACAGAGUGUGGCCCAGGUUCUUCAGUCAGCCAAGGAACAAAUUAAAUGGUCAUUACUAAAAUGAAGGCCUUGGAGUCGAGGCUCCCUUCCCAGAGAACCUUUUUCCAGUUCCUUCAAAAGCCUUGAGACCUCAAGGGUCAGGAGAGAUCCCUCGGCCUUCUCAGGCCUCUCCCAGAGGUCUUCUGCCAGGGAUUCCGAGAAGCAGAAGUUUGGUCCCAGCUCCGUUAACCCUGCUCAGUACCCUGGCCUGCCCCUGGGGCCAUGGGAACCAGAAAAGUUUCCUUCCCUCGGACAUCAGUCACAUUUUCAGCCCUAGGCCUUAAUAAACUUUAAUUUCUUGCCAAAGA